AUUUUAUUUCGCUGGGUGGCCUUUUUCGUCUGUUCUGUUCCUUGCCAAACAGAGAGAGAGAGAGAGAGAGAGGCGCGUGAAGGAGGAAGCAAAAGGGUUUUCGAAAACCGCCUUUUUUUUUCAAAACCGCUUUCUUCUUUAAAUACCGGAGCGAAAAACAGGGAAAAAGAUAACCUCAGAAAAACCGGGUUUCCUGAACCGCCUUCCUUCACCAAACGCAAGAAAGACGAACAUCGAACGAAGAUUUUUGCCCCUAAUUAGGGUUUCAGCCUUCCUCCGGACCCCCAACUUCUGCCAGAGAAGAGAGAGUUUGAGAGAGGGAGAUCUGUUGGUUUUGUUUUCUUUUUGAUCUGCAAAAAAGAUUCCGACCAAAACUAAAUUAAGAAGGGGAAGAGGAAAACCGGGGAGAUCUUCACGUUGAUUUCGUGAGACCCUUCGCUCCGAAUAGAAAUCUAAACCUAAACUUCGAAACCAACGAACCGAAAGAAUUUUGACAGGCGAGGAAUCGAGGAAGCCCACAUCGAACAAGGAUCGACGCGUCCCGCAGCGAUGGUGGUCAACAACCCGAGGCCGUGCAAGAGGCUCAAGAGGAGGGUGACGGCCGAGCUAUUCGACCUUCGCGGCUUCCCCCCUCCCGGCUUCGCCGAUCUAUACGGUCCCGCGCCCUUCCGCACAAGCAUCCGAUCCUUCCUGUCGAGGUUCGUGGGUUCCCCCCAGACGCCGGCCUCGCUCCUCCCGUCCCCAAAUCUGAGGGCUUGGCAGAUCGUCUUCCAGGUCGGUGGGGGGGAGAUCGACGGCGGAGCUGCCGCCGUCACGCUCAACGUCGUCGAGGAAGACGUCUCUCUGUCCAGAUCCGUCUAUUGCGACCACUGUCGCGUCGUCGGGUGGAGCUCACAUCCUGUGUGUAACACUCGUUAUCACUUCAUCAUUCGAGCAGACAACAGUUCCUUGGAUGGGUAUCCGCAAACAUGUACGGGGUGUGGAUCAUGCCUCCCUUCUCUCAAUUCAAGGUGUAAAUCGUGUCGUCACCAGAUAACUGCGAAUGAUCUGGAAGACUGGGCUUACCUUCAGUUGGACAAUCCAACUCACCUGUUGCAUGGAGUUGUCCACUCCAAUGGCUACGGUCACCUUCUUAGAGUCAAUGGACGAGAAGGUGGCUCUAAGCUUCUAUCAGGAUGUGAAAUCUUGGACUUCUGGGAUAGGCUAUGCAACAUGCUUAGAGUCAGGAAGGUAAGCGUGAUGGACGUCUCAAAGAAAUAUGGUCUGGAGUUUCGGUUGUUAAACGCAGUGGCCAAAGGCCGUCCUUGGUACGGCAAUUGGGGCUAUGAAUUUGGUGCUGGGAGCUUUGCAAUCUCCAUUGAUUCAUACUUUCAAGCUGUACGUGCAAUCUCCAGUAUCCCUCUGGAGCCAUUCCUUGUAGAGGAACGGUCCCGUCGCACGCCACUAUAUGAUAUCAUUUUCUUCUAUUCCUCCCUCUCCACGAGUCCCUUGUCUACCCUCCAGGAUUUAGUACUCUAUAUCAUGACUUUGGUGCAUGAAGCACGUAGUCAAUCCUCUACUGCCUCUAAAAAGCCAGUAGGGACGGAGUUGAGCAGGUGGAGGGCGGACGACUUGAGCCAAAUAGAGAGAGCCCUUAUGAAGGUCCUUCAGGUGGCGACUACCUCUAGCUGGGUAUCAUACAAGAGUCUGGGAGGUGCCAUUAGCCGAGCAAGAGAUCCAGAAUUGGUGGAUUUUUGCUUGAAACGUUUGCCAGGAAGAACAGUAGGAGACAAAGUUGUUUGCUCGCAGUUCAACCCAGCAACAAAAACUCUCGAGUACAGGUUGCAAGCAAGAGAUAUUGUUCUUGGCAAGUCGGAAUCUUGUGUAACUGCUGUACCUUCGGAAGAGCACCUGCUCCACGAUCUUAGGUAUGUGUACGAAUCACUAGUACAUCCACAAACGAUGAUGAACUACAGGCCGUUAGAGACAAGGGCACUCGCCAUGGAUUCUGCUCGUAAGCUGCUAGAUUGCAAGCAGUUUGUGAAGAGUUUUGAAGCCGAAUAUCGCAAAGAGCAACACUGUAAUCCAUUCAUUACCACCUUGUUGUGCAAGGUUGAGCUGAUUGAUCAACCUGAGGGUUUCAUAUCACCUCCACCAGAGCUCAUCAAUCUUCCAAAAUCUGCAACAUUGUCUGAUCUGAAGCUUGAAAUUACCAAGUGUUUUAGGGAUGUGUACAUAUUUUUCAGGCAGUUUCAGGUGGAGGAGCUGCCUGACUUUCGGCACAUAGAUGAUUCCAGUCAGCUGAGUUUGCAUUGCAGCAGCCUUAAGACCCCAAUAGUUGCUCGAGGAAGAUGCCCUGUCAACAGGAGCUUCUUUCAGUUUAUAAUGGAAAGGGGAACUGAUAGUUGGACGGUAGAUUGCCAAUGUGGUGCACAGGAUGAUGAUGGUGAACGGAUGUUGGCUUGUGACGUAUGCGGGGUGUGGCAGCACACUCGUUGUGUUGGUAUUCCAGAUUUUGAAGAAGAACCAACAAAAUUCGUUUGCAAAAAGUGCGGUGGUUGCCAUAAAAGGAGCCUAGGAGGAGGAAGCUGCAAGCAAACUGCAAGGCCCAGAGCCAAGCUCGAGGGCUUAUCAAUCUCUAAAGUCAGAUGAAGUUUCAUGGGUGAUGAUGGACAACGAAUGUUGCGGGUUGUGGCACCACACUCAGUGUGGCUAUUCCAGAUUUUGAAGGAUCAGCAAAACUUGUUUGCAAUAAGUGCAGUUGUUGCCAGAAACGGGACCUUGGAGGAGGAAGCUGCAAGCAAACCGCGAGGGCCAGAUCAAGCUCGGGGCUUAUCAAUCUCUAGAGUCGGAUGAUGUUCCGCCAUCUGAGAAUAGUGGGAGACAACGUUGUAAAUAGUGAGCGGACUAGUUGCGCGAUCCUGCAACUUGGCGAGAAUGUAAAAACGCUUAGAGAAAAGAAUUAAAAAUCUUGAAAUGAAGAAGGAGCUUUCCCAUGACACGUUGAACAAAAACAAUUUUUUUAUAAUUUGUUUGGCAAAGUAUUCGAGUUCGAACUAAAUAAAUAACGCCUCCUUCAUGGUGAAACUGCUAUCAA